AUGAAUUUCUGAGGAGCAUACCACUCCAGCUUCCGUAUAUUAUCUAUGGAGAUGUGAAGCUUGCUCAGUCAAGUGUUAUUCUACGUUAUCUGGGAGAGAAGCAUGGUUUUGGAGGCAAAGGCGCAAAGGAAAAAGCUGAAAUCGCCAUGGCUGAGGCCGCGAUCAAAGAUUUGCGAAGUGCUUAUGCUCGCGUUGUUUACAGCCCACAAUACGAACAAGAAAAACUAACCUUUAUGCCUCAAUUUGAAAAGGGCAUCGAGGAUAUUUCUAAUUACCUCGGCAGUAAUAAGUGGCUAGUGGGUGACAACAUCACCUACGCAGAUUUUUUCCUGUAUGAGUUCCUAUGCAUUUCUCAACUUUUCGAACCGUCUUGCUUUAAGAAGCAUCCUAAUCUCAAGCAGUACACCGAACGCUUUAAGGCAUUGCCUAAAAUUAAAGAAUAUAUGGCCACGGAACGGUUUAUCAGUUGGCCUCUCAAUGGAUGGUCUGCAAGCUUCGGUGGUGGUGACGCCCCUCCAAAGUAA